UGUAUUUUACCAAUGCAAUACCCGCCCCGCCCCCCCCAAAUUGCUCACAGACAUGAAUUAUGCACAAGUCAAACAAAAUAUUUACUUGCACAAUCUGUUCUUUAGUAUAAAUUUUAAUGUGAAAUGUCCCUUUUCUCUCUUUUCCUUUCUCCAUCUCUAUUUUAUACUUUAUCAUUCAACUUGAAAAAAAUAAAAGAGUUAUAAGAAAUGCUUGUCUGCGCUUCUCCGCAACAAGCUACCAAUACAGUUACAGCUUCUAUAGUUGCUCAUAAUACUCCAGCUACCACCCACGAUAACCAUUGUGACCGACAUCAUGUCUUCAGGUUGCAGCAGACGAAUGACGACCAGUUAGAAUCGCAACAAAUUCCCUUUUCAACGCCAUCACCACCAUUACAGCAUCAUCAACCACCAUUGUAUGCCUAUACUCCUACACAUCAUACAUCCACUGUCUAUAACACUAUGGAAAGCUAUGCUAAUUAUACUAGUGAGGCUCCACAUGCUACACAAGUAAGAGAUAAGGAAGAGGUCUGGCCACCCGAUGUAGAAGCGGCCUUUGUAAGCGCAUUAGAAAACCUUCCAAAAUUAGGCAGAAGGAAGGUUAUAGUCAACGGAAAGCCUUGUGGUCGUAAUGAGCUUAUCUCUGAUUACAUUUUCCGCAAAACAGGCAAAGUUCGCACAAGAAAGCAAGUAUCAUCGCAUAUCCAAGUUCUUAAAAAUACGCGUAAAGCAGAUCCUUAUUUUCUGCGACUAUUAACCGACACGACCACAUCCGAAGAUGAAGGCUAUGCACAGUUUUCUCCACGCGCUCGAGCUUUAGCCUCCUUCUAUCAUCAAGCCACGUUUACCAACCACUGUCACCGCAAAAAGACAACCAACGCAUCUCGUUAUCUGACGCCCACCACAUCAACGGCGUUACCAACCGUCAUCAUCGAUUCGACGGCUUCGGAUGUCUCCUCUAUGUCGUCUGUUUCACCAGCAGCAGCUGAUUACACAUUUGAUUUACUGUCACCACAAGAUAAAGAGCACCUGUGGAACAAAUCGAACCCAUUUUUUGAACCGUUCAUCCACGCCUCUGCUAAUACGACCAGCGAUCUUUUGGGACAAUUAUUUCCUUUGUCACCCCAUACCAAAACAAUCUCUCCACCUGAACUCUUUUUGCAGCAACGAAAGAAGAAAAAGAACAACAGAUUAAGCUUGAGAAAAUCAAAGAAAAACAGCGAAGAGGAUAGACAGACGAGAAAAAAUAGAAAGGCGAAUGCGACUGCUAUGAAAAGUAAUAAGAAGUCGCAUUCGCUCGAUCGGCUUGCCCACCAUUCCUUCCACGAACUCUCCACCAUUGUUUCCGCUGCGGGUGGUCGGUGGAUGCCUGGCGUCAGCCCUAUGCCCCACCCGUGCCUCCAUGGGAGUUACCAUUAUAGCAGUUCUUGGAGCAACACCAAUAUUUACCCCUUUUGGCCCACGUACAUGUGUUUAUAUUUGGAAGUAUUGAAAGAGACGGAUGCCAUGACAUCCACAGCCAUGCCCAGCAUGCCUGUACCGUUGGCUACGUUUCCUGAAAACCUGCACACUUACCUGCCUGCCAUCAUGGAGCCCUCGGAAGUGGGCAAAAACAAAUGCCCACCCGUGUUAAGUUUAACCGCCAAUCAGCACGUGACAACAUUAGCCGCCCACGUGAGACUCCAUCUCACACGAUCGGCCGAACCACAGAGUCUCACCACAGCGACCACCUUCAACAACACUUUUUUUUUCGAGUCUCAGGAACGCCGCACAGUAGAAUGCACGACGACGGUUUAUUCUUUUGGUGCCGUCGUUUUGGAAUCCAAAGAAACACAGCAAGCGCUUUACAUGAGUGAGAAUCGAUACACCUAUAACUUUGCUCUUGUCAACCAGUUUUUUGAUGCCUUUCUGAAAGGAAUCCAAGCGAUUCAAUCGAAGGAAGAAAUCAAUGCUGCUAUCAAUAAUUUGUGCAUAGUCCAGGUAAAGGAAAGAAAAACCAUGACGGCAGGUUUGCCAUGAAGAAUGUAAAAAAUCCCAACCCUUUUUUUUUUUCCCUACUCCUUUCUUAGGUAUUUGAAGAUGUAGAAGAUAAAUUGAUGGCGCCAAAGGAGAUCAGUCACCUUUCGUUUACAUCAUCGUCUACGUCUACAUUACCUUUGUUGGUCGUUGUGUAUGAGUUUGAAAAUAACACAGAUAGCAGUACAAACAGUCAUCAAGGAACCAUCGAUAUCAGGUUAGUGGAUACAGUAACGCCAACGUUACAAAAAGACUUGGAUUUCCUUGGGAUUCAACAGUUACCGCCUACUACGCCUGAUAGUACCUGCUUCCAACCAGCAGCAGCAGCAGCAGCAGCAGCAGCA